UUUUCCCACAAUUUUACACUGAUGAUAAUUUGACACGAAGGUUCUGUUUUGACUAGACUAUUUUGAAAGUUCAUGAAGCCACCAGCUAUUAAUGCGGACAUAAAUGAAGUUACGGGAAAAUUUUGAAUGGAACUAUUAUAUUGACUAACAGAAACACUUUCUAAAAUCAAACUGCUUCAUUUUUCAUCCUUUGUAGUUUUGCAUUCAUCAAUGGUGACAUGUAUUUGCAAAGAAAUCAAUGAAAAUAAAACAUUUUACUCAUUAUGUAAAUAAAGCAUUUAGACAUUUAUGUUUUCAGUGAUACAUCAGUUUUUCACUCUUUAUAAAUUAUUAAUAAUAGUUUCAGGUUCAAUCAAUAUGAUUUAGAAAAUCAUCCGGAUAUAGUGGUACACGUGUAACAGAAUACCUAAAUCUAUCUGUAAGUCAAUAUUUGCUCAAAGCAGGAAGGUUUCGUGUUCAUAUUUAAACGGGGUAGAGAAAGGAGACAGGAUUUGUGAUACACAAACAAAUAAACUUGAAACAUGAAAUAUUCUGAAGGAUCCUGUAUUGACACGACGAAUUCAUACACAGGAGAACGGCACAUCGUCUUUCAUAUCUAAGGUUGUCUCUUGGCACACGUGAAUAUCGUGCUACCAAUGAUCAACACAGACAGAAUGUGGAUCGUAAGAACUCGACAGUUCCGGGCUCUGGUUGUUAUAUCUCUGGCACUGGUAGUUUUAGUCUUUCUGGUUCGUCGCCAUGGAAACUCGGAGCCAGAGAUCCCAUCAAUACGAGUAAAAAAAGCUCUGGACUUAUCUACACUGACUUUGAACGCGACAAUGGAAAGAAAAUUAAAAGAGGAAUAUGGACUACUGCAAACAAAAAGUCGGGGUGCAACAAUAUUUGUAGACGACCAGGGCCGAGUUCGUGUCCCACCACCUUUUAUACUCGAGUUAAUGCAAUUUCGAGAUUUGGAAGAGCAAUAUCACAGGUACAUAGAAAGUAUCCAAGUUCCAUGUACGCGCCAAAUUCACCUUGGCAACCAUCAAGAUGGCGGCUAUGACUUGUGUGAAAAUCAAGAUGUGGUACCCUCAAAGCCUUGUGUCGUGUAUUCCUUUGGUGUACGAACAGACUUUUCGUUUGAUGAGGAACUGAGUAAGCUGUAUGGGUGUAUAAUACAUAGCUUUGAUCCAGCGAACGGUAUGGCCGACCAUCAGCAUUCCCCUGCUGUAUAUUUCCACUCGAUGGGGUUGUGGAAAACUGAUGAAGUAAUGAACACUAACUGGAAAAUGAAAACUUUAAACAGUAUAAGAACAGAAUUAGAUCACCAAAAUUCAAAUAUAGCUAUGAUGAAGAUUGACAUAGAGGGUGCAGAAUGGGAAGCAUUGCCAGAAAUGCUUAAAAGUGGGGCACUCAAAGGGAUCAAACAAUUGAUAAUGGAAUUUCAUAGCUGGGUGGAUCUUCCGCCAUGGCAGUUAGACCACAGAAAUAAAAAAGACUACAGACAUCAUUUGAAUGUGUUACGAGGACUCUAUGAUGAGGGAUUUAGAAUUUUCUUUUUUAAACGGUUUCCAGGGUAUUGUUGUUUAUACGAGGACGAAUUUAAUGUUUCAAGAACAGGUUGCCAUGAAAUUCACAUGAUGAGAGUUAGUAGUUAAAUCAUAAAUGUAAAAUGCACUGAGAGAUGUGAUAGGAAAUACGAAAGCAUUGGUUCUUUCUUACGUUGCGUCGAUGAAGGCGAAGCAGACUGUACAUUUCAGUCGUUCUGUUUAUGAGAAAACCAUAAUCAAAAUAUCAAAUGAAUGCAUCUUUUUUUCACGGGCCUCUUCACGACAUCAAGAUGCAUAGCAUAUUUUAAAUCAUGUCAUUAGUCAAUCAGUUUUAAAGAUAACAUUUAUUUUAACAAUAGCAUGUGAUGAUUGAAAUGUUGAACAUGGAUAAACCAUAUAUGCAAUCGUUUUGAUACCAAGUAAAAUGUUAGUCCAGUAGGUUUUUUGACAAUCUGAUGGACAACUGUAUAUACUAACGUCCAAGUUACGGACCUACCGAUUAUCGGCUUUGGGAGUGCAGUUUUUAAGUGUUACAUUUUACAUUUACUACGUAUGUGUGUACAAUCAUAAUAACUUUUGCUUGAUCCGUCAGUCCGUACCGGAGUUUUUCGUGAAUCCGACUCCAAAUUUAAGUUACACACCAAUGUCAAUCAAACAUGUAUUUCUAGUCCAUAAUCAAAUAAUGUUUAUGUUAUAUAUUUUUUCUACAUUAGUAUUUAUUCAAAAUUAAAAAUAUCAUUAAAAAACUUAACUCCGUCAUAGAUGUAAAUUAUUGCUGUUACUUUUUAGGGAGAGGAACUAUAUAAGUUUUCUUUCGUUCUAAUCCCUUUCGUGCUUGUGUGAUUUAUGUAUAAUUGUAAAAUUCUGACUUGAUGUUGAUUUCGAAAUAAAUAUGUUUACACUAAA